CUCGUGGCCACGCCCCCGGGGCGGGGACUUGGCGCGCGUCACCGGUAGGGGCGGGGCCGGAGCGAGUGUCCUCCUCUUUCCCAGCGGGCCCCGCGCCCACCUGCCCGCCCUUCGCUUCCUUUUCCGCGGCCGCAUGCUGCGCGGCUGCUGAUUGGCUACCGAGGACGGAAGCUCUGUUGGUGUUUCUUCAGAAGUUUCCCCCUCCUGGGCGGCGGCAGAGCUGGUAACCAAGGUAGAAAACGCUCGGGCCGAAGCUUUAGUGGCUCUUAGGGAUGGCGGCAGCUGCAGCAGGACCUGCAACGUCCCAGCGGUUUUUCCAGAGCUUCUCAGAUGCUCUGAUCGACGAAGACCCCCAGGCGGCGUUAGAGGAGCUGACUAAGGCUUUGGAACAGAAUCCAGAUGAUGCACAGUAUUACUGUCAGAGAGCUUAUUGUCACAUUCUUCUUGGGAAAUAUCGUGAUGGUAUUGCUGAUGUAAAGAAGUCUCUUGAACUCAAUCCAAAUAAUCCUACUGCUUUCCUGAGGAAAGGGAUGUGUGAAUACCAUGAAAAAGACUAUGCUUCUGCUUUAGACACUUUUGCAGAAGGACAGAAAUUAGAUAGUGCAGAUGCAAACUUUACAAUCUGGAUUCAAAGAUGCCAGGAGACUCAGAAUAGAUCAGAAUCUGAAGUGUCUACAUCUCAGAGAACUCAGUCAAAAAUCAAGUAUGAUUGGUAUCAAACGGAAUCUCAAGUAAUCAUUACACUUAUGAUCAAGAAUAUUCAGAAGAAUGAUGUAAAUGUGGAAUUUUCAGAAAAAGAGUUGUCUGCUGUGGUGAAACUCCCUUCUGGAGAAGAUUACAAUUUGAAACUGAGGUUGCUUCACCCUGUAGUGCCGGAGCAGAGCACGUUUAAAGUACUUUCAACAAAGGUAAGCAAGUUGAAAAAAUGUAAUAUAAAAAAGGUAAUGUCUGCAAAACAAAUAAAUACUGAUGUGAAGAACCUGUAUCCAUCAUCAUCUCAUUAUACCAGGAACUGGGAUAAGCUGGUUGGUGAGAUCAAAGAGGAAGAGAAGAAUGAGAAGCUGGAGGGUGACGCAGCUUUAAACAAGUUAUUUCAGCAGAUCUACUCAGAUGGUUCCGAUGAAGUGAAACGGGCCAUGAACAAAUCAUUUAUGGAGUCUGGUGGUACAGUCUUGAGUACCAACUGGUCUGAUGUAGGUAAAAGAAAAGUUGAAAUCAACCCUCCUGAUGAUAUGGAAUGGAAACAGUACUAAAUAAAUCAAUUUGCUAUCACAGUA